GGGGCGGGCGAAGUCCGGAUCCAUAAAAGCGCGGCAGGAGCACGGUGGCCACAGCCAUGCCUGCCCUCGGUUUCACGCUGCUGCUGCUGGCGGCGGUAUCGCGGCCGCCACCGGGGGGCGCCUCGGGCCCGGCAGAGAAGCUUCCCGCAGAGCCGGACCCCGACCUGGACCCGGACCGGGACCCGGACCCAGCCGCGCACCCAGCCCGGGAGCUGCGGAGGCGCUUCGAGGACCUGCUGGCCCGCCUGCGCGCCAACCGGAGCGCGGACGCCCUGCCCGCCGAGCGCAGCCCCGCGCCCGUGGUCCACACUCUCACCCCGGAUGUGCGGCGCGGACACGACGGCAGCCUGCACCUGCGCAUCCCCAGGGCGUCCCUGCCCCCGGGCGUCCCCAGGGCCUCCCGCGUGCAGCACGCCCUACUCCGCCUGUCCCCGGAGACGCGCGAGCCCUGGGACGUGACGCGGCCUCUGCAGCGCCAGUUGCGCCUCCUUGACCCCCGCGCACCUGCACUGCUUCUGCACCUGUGGCCGCCGUCUGACAGGUGGCGGGAGCUGAGCUCCGCGCCGCCCCGGCUGGAGCUGCACCUGCGAACCCGUUCCGCCAGGGGGCGCCGCAGCACGCGCAUGCGCACCAGGGACGACUGCCCGCUGGGGCCAGGGCGCUGCUGCCGCCUGCACACGGUACGCGCGUCGCUGCAAGACUUGGGUUGGACCGACUGGGUGCUGUCGCCGCGGGAGCUGCACGUGGGCAUAUGCAUGGGCGAGUGCCCCAGCCUGUACCGCUCCGCCAACACGCACGCGCAGGUCAAAGCGCGGCUGCAUGGCCUGAAGCCAGACUCGGUGCCCGCGCCGUGCUGCGUUCCCUCCAGCUAUGACCUGGUCGUCCUCAUGCACAAGACAGACGGCGGCAUCGCGCUACACACCUACGACGACCUCAUCGCCAAAGGCUGCCACUGCGCAUGAGCAGGCUGGCUACAGCGGUCACCACGGGGGAUCCUCAUGCUGGUUGGAUGCCUUUAUGCAUCUGCGCAUGUGGGUGUGGUAGCUGACGUCUCCACCUACCGAGGGCCGUGGCCCAGCGCCUCGGCUCCUCCCCUCACUCCUCCUCCUUCCCAGAUAACUAUUUAUAAGUUCAUAUUUAUUGUUAAUUUAUUGGGGUUACAUGCCUGAGAGCCACGAGGCUGAUUCAAUGGGGUAUGUAUUUAUUUAAACCUGAGAGCCACGAGGCUGAUUCAAUGGGGUAUGUAUUUAUUUAAAACUAUUAAUAAAAACGACGCACAAAGGGAA